GGGACGUAACUCUUGUUGGACGGUGUUCAGUUAUCUGAAGUCAUGGCUACUAAUCAGAGAGUUGAACUAUUUUGGGACUUCAGGCGAUACUUGAAGACAGAAAAUGUUGAAAUCGAAGGUCUAACAAAAUCACAGUUACGAAACUGGUACGCCAAUGAAUACAGAUCAUACAAGCAACAAAUUACACCGGACGAGAAACUUCCGACAUUUUUCCUUAUAAUGCAGACAAUGUAUAAAAUGAAACUUGCUCAUUUCAAUGAUGAUGUACUUGCGCUGGGUCCAUGUCCUCAGGUUAAGAAAGAGAAAUCUCCGAAUCAAAGUCCGAAGAAACAAAAACACUUGAAACAAAUGAAGACAAAUGAUAAAGGCGAGCUUCAGAACAGUCAGCGGAGUGCAACAGAUAGAUCGAAACAAAGGUUUGUGCAAAUGUCAACUCCAAAGGGGGAUGAGCAAGGACAAAUUGUGCAGCCUGGGGAUGGGACAAUGACAUUAAAUGGACGGACUGGUACCAGGAAACAAUUGAUGAAUAGGCACAAAAUGGCUGUAGACCAACAUCUAACAUUUAAAUCUGGUCUGGAUAAAGUUGUGAACCAUCCUGAUUUUAAAGGUGAUCCGACUGAAUGGAAGUAUAUAGGAAAAACCGAGCGUGGUUAUUACUGUACUCUCUGCCAGUCAAAGUUAACAUCGAAACCUGAUGCUGAUAGACAUUUAGAAGGGAGGCGACACAGACUAGCUACGUCAAUGAACAUUAUUAGAUCUAAAAAGGACAAGCUGGUAGAAGGGUCCCCGACAAUUACAGUCACUGCAGAUAUAGAGGAGAAAGACGGUACAUAUUUUAUACACACAGAGGAAAAUGAAGUUAAGAUGGUUGAAAUUGUAUUAACAAAUAAAGGAGACAUGGAAAUAGAGCUGGCCCAUUGUGAGAUGAUGAAAAAAGUUAGAGUAUUUACGUUACGCGAUAGUAAAAAAGUCACAGAUGGAAUGGGGACCGUUAAAUUAAGCCCAGGGGAUUCAUACAAAAUACAAGUACGAACACACGCACUACAUGUGGGAAACCACCACUGCCCACUUAUGUUUCAUUUUGUACAAAAGAUUGAUGGUAGGAAACAAAAUGGUUAUAUUUUACGCUAUCUACACUGCAAGUGUAAAAAUAACCUCAUAGAUGAAAUGAAGCCAACGACCAAGUAUAAAAGACCACCAAGAGUAAAUAAAGCCAAAGGACCUGCAACUGAAAUUGUGCCGGGUUACAAACUUCCAAGUUUGACUGGAGAUUAUUUAGAAAGAGACAUAGAAUUACAAGGGUUCACUGUGCCUCAAAAUGUUCGGAAAAUGAUAAAUCGAGGACUUACAGAACAACAUGGCCUAACAGCUGGAGAGAUUUCUGAAAUGAUUAAUCUCAGGUCCAUUCUUGAUCAAGAGUUGGUCAUGAGCCAUUACCAGCAAAGAUUUAGAAAUCUACUCUUCUUUGAGGAG